ACGUCGGCAGGCUUCGAGGCUCGAACCACUCACUUGUCGCGUGCCCAUCCCAUCCCUGGAACCAAACUAACUAAGCUCCUGCAAGGAGUGGUCUGCGCGAACAGCCUAAAAUGUGUCCUCCAAGCGAGACAACCGCUCCAUCUGCCGCCGGACCUGAAACCUCCCUGAUACCAUCUGCAGAGGUUGAUGCUCUCAAGCGACUGUGCCCCCAGUCUGGCCCAAGCACAGCGUUAUUGGACCAUGUGCUGUCGGUGCUGCCGCUGGCCAUCGUUCACCACAGCUUACGAGUCUAUCUGUUUGCCAAAUGGCUGGCAGAUAAGGAGCACGACCCCUUGGCCGACAGUGACCUGCUUUUUGCCGCAGCUAUUGGUCAUGACCUUGGAGCAUGCAGACAGCACAGUAACACUUCUGAGCGCUUCGAGGUCGAAGGUGCAGAUGCCACUGUGAGCAUUCUGACUAAACAUGGAGUUUCGGCUGUCGACGCUCGUCAAGUUUGGACUGCCAUUGCCCUGCACACUUCCCCCCACAUCGCUGAGAGGAUCACGCCGCUGGCUAGGCUGGUCCGACUGGGUGUCUUGAUUGAUUUUCGUCCACUUUCUCGCGAAUCAUAUGCCGCCGUCGAGUAUGGCAAGGAGAUUGAGACCAAACUUGCACGAUUGAACAUUGAGAAAAUCCUGGGCGAUGCUGUAGUUGAGCAAGCUCUCCAAAACCCCGCAAAGGCCCCUCCGGCUUCAUGGCCCAACAAUCUCUACAAGGCAUAUCUUGAAGACCCUACUUGGAUAGGAACUAACCGAGGCUUUUGACCCUUCUCAUUUUGAUCUUUUGGGAUGGCUAUCUACAGCUGGAGACGUCUUCCAAUGGCUCCAAAGCAUAUGCUGGUGCAGAAGAGAAUGCUAGCGAGCCAAGUGUACACACCAAUCUGUUCAGAAGCCGCGGACUGAUGGAUUGCGGGCAGUGGUACAAAGUUGGGGUCGACUAGAAGCAGAACCACCGUGCCGACUAUGCUGACGACAGCGGAGAAUGCAAAGCCUGGUAGAGAUCGAUCGAUAAUAUACCACAGGACAGGGUUAGCUAGAGCCAAAGUCAAUGCCACCUGAAGUGUUGACUGCCAUGGAAGUCGUCGCUGCAAUAACUCAUUAGCAAAGACGAUGCAUUCAUGGCCUUGGUCGCUUAAUCACUCACCACUGCAAAGGCAAUUCCUACAAAAGCACCUAUACUUCGAACGGCAGAGUACCAGAUUGGUCCGGUAUUGCUGUCAAAAGAAGAUCCGGAUUCAGCCCCAGAUGCAUUGGCAGCUUUGGGUUUGGCCGAUCGAGAUUUCGACGGGACUUGCUCAUCGGACAAGGCGGGAGAAAUGGAAUUUUCCCACAACGCGUCGACCGCUGGUAAUGCAUGUCCAAGCAGGAUGCCGAAUACACCCCACGAUAAUUGAUAGUAAAGAGAAUCGCGCUCGACAUCAACUAAGGGGAUGGUUUUGAUUCGUUGGGUUCGAUGUAGGUGUGUGACAAUAGAGCCGUAUCCCACGCCGAAUGCAAAUAAAAGGCCUGUCUGCACAACCAACGGAAGCCAGUAUCCACGAAAUCCAUGUCUUUGGACUUUGGGCUUGGUCAUUUGAGUUGGCUCGUCCCAACCCAAGGGGCUAUUUGAGGGUAUGUAAUCAUCGAUGCUACGCCG